GUUGCAAAUGCCAUGAAGAACUCGCUGCCCUUUGAUGCUCCUGAUGCAUCGCAAGAAGGCCAGAAGGUACUGAAAGUAGAAGUUACUCCGACAGUGCCGAGGAUUUCUCGGACUGCUAUUACAACAGCUUCUAUCCGUCGUCAUCGCUGGAGGAGAGAAGAUGCUGAAGGUGUAAAUGGAAGAGAAGAAUCUGUGAACCUUAAUGAUGCUGAUGAAGGAUUUUCAUCAGGAGCUUCCCUCAGCAGCCAGCCAGUUGGGACCAAACCUCUAUCAUCUGUAUCCCAGAAGGGCAGCUUAAGGAAAACAGCAAGUGGACGUUCUGUUAAGGAUAAAGAAACCUCUUCUGCAGCAAAAUCCAAUGAGAGCCCUCGAGAUUCAGUAGCUCGGAAGCAGUACAUGCACCAAUCGACUGACCUUGGUGCAGAUAUAAUUGAGAUGACACCUACUAAAAAACACCUCAGUCUGCCUGCUGGGCAGGUGGUGCCAAAAGCCAACAGUUUGAGCCUGAUCAGGACCGCCAGUGCUUCCUCCAGUAAAUCAUUUGACUAUGUGAAUGGCAGUCAAGCAGGCUCCAGUGUUGGAGCUGGUACAGAGGGUGUUACCAAUCUAGCAGCUGGCAACACCAAUAGGUUUUCAACUAUCAGCCUACAGGAGGACCGACUAGGCCAAGCUGGGGAAGGUAAAGAUCUCCUUCCCCCAGGGGGUCCCCUAACCAAGCAGUCUCGAUCUCCAAGUUUCAAUAUGCAGCUGAUAUCCCAGGUGUAACUUUGACUCCCUUCCUUAGGACUCCCUCUUUCUCCUUAAUCCCCAGGCACGUUCAUCCUUAGGCAAAACAUGAACCAUCAUCCUGCAGUGUGAAAAUACUGACUGUUGUGAUCUUGUUUGAUUUGGUUUAGCUAUCAUACUGUAUUACUGAAACAGCAAUAAUUCUUCCCUCACCUUCAUCCCUCCCCCCCUUCCCUUGUAAACAUAGUUGUGAAGCAGUAUAUAAUGUACUGUAUGCCUUUUUCCAUGCCUUCCUUUCUCCUUGGGUGAUGUGCAAUCCAUCGUAGGCUGAUCAGUCCCAUUUCAACACUGUGAGACUGGAGACACCGGCGGAAAUGGUGAAUGUGAUCCCUAUGAGAUGAUGCUUUGGCUUUGUUAAGAAAUAGAAACGGGUUUGUUUUCUCAGUCUACAGUACUGCAAAGACUACUGGAUCAUGACUUUUCUUUCUCAGAACCAGGAGUGCCUCAGAGAUUCUAGUGUGACUUUGGACCUCUCUGAGUCUGUGCAAUUGAUUCUGGGGAGGGGAUUGUCAUUGCUGCUCCUGGCUGCCUACAGCACUUUUUUCAUUAAAACGAGGGUAGUUUUUUCUUGCC